AUCCAAACCCUUUCAAGAUGUAAGAUAGUCUGAUUACAUUUUAUUUUACACUUCAUCCAAUUCACUUGAUUGAACCCCUUGUUCGAGCUAAAUAUCAAAGGAAGAUUGAGAAGAAAGUUGAUAACAGUUAAUAAUUUCACCACCCGAUGCACAAUAAUCUAAGGUAACUAACUAGUAACUACCCAUAUUCCACCCAUAUAUGGCUUAAGUAUGCCAUUCCAAGACAAAAUAAACAAUGUUGUCGAUGCACUUUUCAACCUGCAACACCAAUGAACACUACCUAACCAUUUACAAUUUUACAAACAACCUCAAACUAGCAAGUUUAGGUUGACUUAACCCAAAACGUAUUAUUAUUAUCUGCACAACUACUUCUCUACCUCCAUCAGCUCCACUACAGUUUAUCAUUAUACAUCCCACUUCUUCAAAUUCUUCAGCAAAUCUUAUAUAUAACUUCAUUCACAUCAUUCCCUUCAUCACCAGCAACAACACAUCAUUCCCUUCAUCAAAUAUCCAAUCUCAUCUGUCAAAGCAUCUUUGUUAGUACGAUUAACAACUCCCAAACUCAACAAUGGCUAAGUUGUUCUCUCUUCCCACCAUAUGCCUACUACUACUAUGCCUAGGAUUUGCCAACUCAGCACGGCUCCUCGAGCAGGUGGGCCCGAUGUUUACCCCAGCAGACGAACUGCCAGCACUACCACCAGCAGAUGAUUCAAGUACUGCAACCCUUUUACCAAGUGGGCAAGCCCCCGCUGCAGGCACAGAGGCUCCAGCUGCGGCUGCAGAUCAGGCUCCAGCUGAUGACGACAUUCCAACCCCGGAUGUUCAACCCGACCAGCCUACAACUACUCCUGCUGCAGCUGCCCCAGAAGAGGCCACUCCUGCCGCGGCUGCCCCAGAAGAAGGCACUUCUGCUGCUCCACUCUCUGCAGGACCUGCACAAGGUGGUGCAGCUGCAGCAAGCGGGGCUGAGCAUCCAGGACACCCAGCCAUCUCCUUCUUCAUGCACGACGUCCUAGGUGGAUCCAGCGCCUCUGGCAGGAUAGUCACCGGCCUGAUUGCCACCAGCGACAUGAAUGGAAUCCCCUUCUCGAGGCCGAACAAUCAAGUGUUCCCGGUUACCAACGGUGUACCCCUCAUGAACAAUGGCAACCUCAACAACGUCCUGAACAACAACAACGUCCCCUUCCUUGCUGGGCUCACGGGCCAGAACCAACCUCAAGCCCAAACCAUCAUCCAAAACGCUGGAACCAACAGUGUUGUCAACGGUGGUGACAACAACCAAGCAUUCGUCACCCCUGGUCAGCUGCCCACUGGUACAACCCUCCAGAAGCUUCUGUUCGGGUCCAUUACCGUCAUUGACGAUGAGCUAACCGAAGGUCACGAGCUCGGGUCUGGUGUCAUAGGCAGGGGACAAGGCUUUUACCUUGCUAGCUCCCUUGAUGGCGAAAGUCAUACCAUGGCCUUCACAGCUGUCUUCCAUGGUGGGGAACACGAGCAAGUUGCCGAUGACACUAUCAGCUUCUUCGGGGUUCACCGGACCGCCUCUCCGAUAUCGCAGAUCGCCAUCAUUGGUGGAACCGGGAAGUAUGAGAAUGCUAAAGGGUAUGCUACUAUUGAAACCAUGCCUGACCAGAACCAGCACACUACUGAUGGUGUUGACACUGUUGCCCAUUUUAGUGUCUACCUCUACUAGUUUAAAAUUAAGCAUGCAGUUGCGAAAUUUCAAUUUGGGUUAUUUGAUAAAUGUUUAUGCUUUUCAGUAAUUUGGAGUUCCGAUUACGUCGGUGUAUGUAAUUUGUAUGUAUAAUCAUGUGAUUAUUGUAAGUUAAUCAGGAAUUAUAUGCUUAAUAUAAAGAGUUUCUUGGAUUUA